CACCAUGAUAAGAAAAUAUGUUGAUAUUUUUCUUAUUUUAAACUUUCUUUACUUUCUAGAAGAAACGAUGCAUUAAAAGUGAAACAAUGUCGAUUGUAAAAACAUGUGGACGUCAAAUCAUUUUACUUAUCAAUGGAUUAUUUGGGCUGGUUGGACUGGUGUGCUUUGUGGGAGGAAUGUUUGUGAAGUACGGAUCUGACGACCUCAAAUCCAUGUUACCACAGUUGAUGAACGAACUCGUAAAGAAGGUAGAACCAAUCUUAAAAGCUACCCACAAAUCAUCGUCGGAUUUUCUGGAUAACCUUGACCUUGAAAAGUUGCUAGGUGACGCUGCUGUUGUUUUCAUUGUGUUUGGUGCUAUUUUGCUCUUUAUUGUUUUUUGGGGUUGCUAUGGUAUCAGCUGCAAAUCUAAGUGUGCCCUUUAUAUGUAUGGCUUACUGCUCGUCAUUAUUUUGAUUGGUCAGACUGUUUGUGCAGUACUGGUUACUCAGAAAAGAGACUUGAUCAAUGACAAGCUGAAGCCACAGUUACGGACUUCAUUGAAGUCUUAUUAUAUGGGUGACCACGCAAUGGACGCCAUCAGUGUUCUCUGGAAUGCCAUCAUGUUAAAGUUUUCCUGUUGUGGAGUUGACAGCUAUGAUGAUUUUACUGGCGGAGUAUGGAAUAGGACACCUACAGCUGAUAUUGUUCAUAAUGGUUCACAACUGGAAACGCCCCUAAUGUGCUGCACAGACGCUGAAAGGUCAAAGUCGACCAAUAAUUGGUGGAGGUGUGCCACGCAACCGUUAACGCGGCAAAAAUCAAAUUUCGAGAAGAGUUGUUAUGAUGAAGUGUGGAGGUAUCUAGAGAAGUAUGUCAACAUUGUAGUGGGGUGUGUCGGCGGACUAAUAGGCCUGGAGCUUGUGCUUGCUUUCUUUGCGAUAUACAUCGCCAAGGGUAUGGACAAAAAGAAUAAAGUGGACUCAGAGAAAGGCAGAAAGAGAAAGAAAUAAUUCUUGCUUUGUACAUGCGCAGCAUUUAAAAUAAAUGUAUAUAUGUUACUUAAAUUUAUACAUGGAGAAAUAUGAUUCCAAAUGACCAACACUGGAUGAAUUCUCUACAGUGAAUUUCAGAAAGAAAAAGAAAUAUUUUUGUAAUUCCUUACUGAUCUUUUUUAUUUAUUUAUAUUUGGACAGCAUGAAACUUUAUAAGAUCUAUAUGUUAUUUGGAAUAACGAUUUUUUGUUUGUUUCGUAUUAAAGAAUUAAAUAAAUGUUGUUUCAAUCGAUAUGUUCAUUUGCUACGAAUCAGUUUGAGUGAUGAAUGGAUAAGCCAAAAUAAAAAUUACAGUUAAAAGUCAGUUUGUAGGAAUGGCCUGGCUGCUAAUUUGAAUGUAUGCUAUUAAAAUAUUGAAAAAUAUUAGAAUGACACAA